AUGGGGCUCGAAAGCCUCAGCCGAACCAUGGCUCUACACGAGGAAACCCAGUUGCUUGCCGAGCCUGCGUUCAGUAAAAGCGUGCGGAUUCCGCACCCGGCUGUUGCUGCAUGCUGGACAUACAAGUCAGCAGCAAUCGCAUCCUUGCUUCUGAGUCUUUCAGUUUUCAUUGGCGUCGGUGUGCAUCUGCGAAGGGAGCGGAGUCGACCCCCUGCAUUCGAGAGUCUCUACAAGUUCGGGCAGGUAGCGGACUUCGCUCACUACCAGGCAUCCGCCAAAGGCCUCUGCUCAAAGAGUGCCCCGCAGGACAACAUGGAGGCACUGCCCAUCGCGGAGCCAUCGAUACGGCCACGCUUAGGCCUCUGCAAGAGUGGCAGCGAGAGUGGCAAGCUGCUGCCUCAAGACUUUCCUUGCAAUUUCAGCAAGACCUGGUCCUGCCCCUCCUUCGGCGCCGACGUGAAGGCUAACGCGAGCGGUGUCGCAACUGCUGAUGGUUCUCUGGGCUACCACUGCUGUUGCGAAGUCGACCGACCCAGGUCUGUGACUUGGAGCAGACAUCCGUUCCAGAACGAUAACGAAGUGAUGCCUGUUCCACAGACCGUGCGGAUAAAGGUCGUCACUUACAACAUCUUCUGGUGGAGCCUCUUCGGCGUUCAUCAUGGAAACAAUGGAACAGCUGGAGGGGUCAUUGCGACAUCAAUGGUGCGAGAGCCCAUAGACUUGAUUGCAUUUCAGGAGUGCCGGGACAAGGACCGGGUGCUGCACGACGCCGGUCUCUUGCGCAGCUUCCAUACCUUUGGCGGAAAGUACGAGAAAUGCAUCGCUCUCAACAAGGAUGCAUGGGUUUGGCUGCAGGAAGGUGAGGAGGAUGUUGCUGCGGACACUUACUGGAACGACUUUGGGCCCCGUGGCGUCAUGUGGGCGCGCGUGUGGCACAGAGCAAGUGGCCUCCGUGUAUUUUUUGCGAACUUUCACGGUCCUCUUGCUAUCAACUCGGGGGGCGACUGUGGCGGGUUCCGCACGGCCAGAAACAUCUUGAAGGUCAUCCGGGAGAAGAGCGAGUUCGGUGACAUUGUCAUCUUGGCUGGCGACUUCAAUGCGAACCCCGCCUCGAGCACGAUUCAGGAGCUGCGGAAAAGCCUCACCCAUGCCCUAGCAGGCAGAAUCUUCGCAGGCAUUGACAACAUCUUCUCGAACUUGGCCCCGUCCAGCGUGGUCGCAAGAGAAGAUCUUGGAACUGGGGGCAGUGAUCAUCAUGCAUUGGCCACUGUCUUCGAGGUUCACACUGGAGGCUACCUGCAGCCCAUGACUUUUGCUCAGGAGAUGCCCUACACCGAGGCCAUCCUUGCAGGGCUCCGCACGGGGUUUCCAAAAGAUGAUUGGAUCCACUUCUGGUGCGGCCUUGAGGCCAGCGGCGUCAGCUACAAUCCACUCGGUGGCUCGGGAAGGGUCAUCGACAAGAAAGUCUCCACGCCAGACCACUGUUGCAGAGAGUGCCAGCGCAGCGUCGUGUGCAGAGCCUUCCGCUUCGAAGGCAUCCCUGGCAGCAACACGACCAGGUGCACGCUCAUGUCGACUUACGAGAUUGGUGAGAAGGAUUCGACAUACACCUUCGUAGCUUCGGGAUUGGCUGCAGAAGCGGCCAUUGAGUUUGCGGAGCGCACCUUUCGUGCGUAUACUCCGGUGACCAUGAUCUGA